AAUGACAGCGCAUGCGUGUAUUCAAUAUUUUCACUCCGUCAAAAAUGGCGUUUAGCUUACCCGCUUUUUCGUACAUUGUAGCUUUAAUCGUGGAUGCCUUCCUUAUAUUUUUCGCAAUAUUUCACGUCAUAGCAUUUGACGAACUCAAGACUGAGUUUAAAGAUCCCAUAGAUCAGUGCAAUAGUUUAAAUCCACUAGUUCUUCCGGAGUAUGGAUUACAUAUUCUAAUAAACUUUUUAUUCCUGAUAAGUGGACAAUGGCUGUCACUAUUUCUAAAUAUUCCACUGAUCGCUUACCACAUAAAUAGGUACAGAACCAGGCCUGUAAUGACAGGACCUGGUUUGUAUGACCCGACUAGUAUAAUGAACAUGAAUGACUUGAAUAAGUGCCAACGAGAGGGAUGGGUCAAACUAGCUUUUUAUCUUAUGUCAUUCUUCUACUAUUUAUAUGGAAUGAUCAGUUCAUUGAUCCAAUAAAAUAUCUGCUGUCUUGAACUCUGUGCGUUAUCAAUAAGGAGAAUAAUAAAUAAUGCUUUUUAUAUGAUUAAAGUACUUUUAUGUUGUUUGUAAAUAUCAUUGGUAUGUCUCCUAUUAUAUUAUUUUUACAUUAAUACUUUGCUACUGUGCUUCAGAGAUUUUCACUGUUUAAACAGUUUUUGUAUAAUAUCCAUUGCAACUUAGUUUGAUUAAUUAUUUAUGUUUUUAUUACUGAAUAAAUCAACAAUUUGUAAAUUAACUGGUAUGAAUUUUCAUAUUAAACUUUUCAUGAAAAAGAAGCACAAAAAUAUUGUAUUGUAGAAUUAAUGUAUGCCUAGAUCAACCAAAAGCUGUAUAUUAUGGUGAAACCAAGGAAAGCUGUGUUAUAAUUUUAGAGUUUUA